UUUAUAUUAUUCUUACACUGAUAGUUUGAUACGCAUAUAUACGACUCAGUGUAUCUAUAGUCUACGCCUCGGUGUAUUCUGUACGGUUUCGAGUAAUCGGAGAUGGAGCCGUCAGUCCGGUGAAGUCACGCGGGGCAUUUCUUCACUCAGAUCCGCAUUCUUUUUGACUGUCCUGUUGGACAGUCUGCUGUUUGGAGCACUACUAGCAAAAAGUGGGCACCUAUUUUUGGGGGGUGAGGGUUAUUGUACCAACAGUUUUGGAUGGUGACCAGAUGAGAAGAACUGAUGUUAUUGGCAGUAGAAGGUGGGGGUUUCUUCUCUUCUUCAGCUUCUGGGUAUAGCAAGGGCCUGUCCCUUCUUCUCUUGGGUCAGAAGAACGAAGAGAAGCCCAUGAGAGUUACGCCUUGGAGCCAUUACCAAUUGGUGAACCAAGAAACUGAUACUGAUCCUGAACUGGCUUCCAGGAAGAGCAGGCUUGUCCGUGGGUGCGCUUCCUUUGUCUGCUUUGGUCGUGCUGCCGCUGGACUCGAGAGCCCAUCUCCACUUAAGGUUGGUCCUACUCAGCAGCAAGAAGUAUCGCCAGCCAGUUGCCCUGCUUCUGAAAAGGGUAAGGACACCGAUUCUGAUUGUCUUGUUGAAGACACAAAUACAUCUGCGAAGCUUUCACUUAAGAGUAGCUUAAGGAAACCAGCAAAUAGUAUAGCGGUUCCUGGUGGCAGUGCCAAUGAUUGUGAGACCGUGGGUGAAACGAGUAAUGAUGCCCCUGAUCAUAUCCUUAGAAGGAAGGUUCAGUGGACAGAUACAUCUGGUGGGGAGCUUUUCGAGAUCCGGGAAUUUGAGCUUAGUGAUGAAGAAUCAGGCGAUGAGUAUGAUAGCGGGAAUGAAAGGAGUUGCUCGUGCAAGAUUAUGUAGUUUAAGGUUUGCAAAGGAGGUUUCAACCAGGUUGUUUUUGGAUAGAAAGACGAGUGGGCGAAAUGUGAGCCCUUGCAUUCAACCAUAGCCUGAUGAAGAAGAUGAAAUCUGUUGCCAUAUUAUGCUAAGAGUUUCAGAAUUCGAAGAACGACCAUCCCUUUGAAAAUGCCUUUUUGUCAUCUGUUGUGUCUAAAUAUUGAGUUUCUUGAAUGUCAAUUUUGUUAACAGGCUUUUGGUGUCAUUGUUUUUCAUCAUCAUUAUUAAUAUACUAGUGGUGAUCCGAGCAGUGCUCGGAUAAUAUUUUACACUAACAUUUAUUAUAAUUAAAUUUAUUAUGUUCAAAAUUAA